AUGUUUGCUGUUGCUUUCUUCAUCUUGUCUUUGAUGACUUGUCUGCCUGGGGUAACCAUACAGGAGAAGGCAAACCGGAGAGUGAGUCGGGGGGCUGGGAGCUUCACACCAGUGAACUGCCAGCUGAGUGACUGGUCAGAGUGGACAGAGUGCAUUCAAUGCCAGGACAGGAAGUACCGACACCGGAGCCUGCUGCAGCCAAGCAAGUUUGGGGGGAACACCUGCAGUGGUGACGUCUGGGAUGAAAUGAGUUGUCGUAGACCCACAGCUUGUGUAAGGCAAGCGCAGUGUGGACAGGAUUUCCAGUGUAAAGAGACAGGUCGCUGCCUGAAACGCCACCUUGUGUGUAAUGGAGACCAGGACUGCUCUGACAGCUCUGACGAGGAGAACUGUGAUGAUGUCAGGAUCGUUGAAGACGAAUGCAGCCUGUAUGAACCAAUUCCAGGAUCCGAGAGGGCAGCUUCUGGGUAUAACAUCCUGACCCAGACAGAAGCUCAGAAUGUGUACGAUGCCAGGUAUUAUGGGGGCCAGUGUGAGACGGUAUACAACGGGGAAUGGAGGGAACUUCGAUACGACUCUGCCUGCGAGCGUCUGUACUACGGGGAUGAUGAGAAAUACUUCCGGAAACCCUACAACUUCCUGAUGUACCGCUUUGAAGCCCUGGCAGACACUAGUUUCUCCUCAGAGUUCUAUGAUGAUACAAAUGAAGUUUUUUCCAAACUAAAAAAUGACCUGUUUGUGUCAGGUGGGUUGACCGUUGGUGUAGGCCCAGCAGCCACCCCUGUAACAGUGGAUGUAGGUGUAUCUGGAUCACGCGGCUCUUCAAUCGUGAAUGAGUUAAGCAAGUAUAAUGAGAAGAAAUACAGCUUCAUGAGAAUUUUCACAAAGGUGCAGACUGCCUAUUUUAAGAUGAGGAGGGACAACAUUAUGCUGGAUGAAGGGAUGCUGCAGUCGCUGAUGGAGCUUCCAGAGAAGUACAAUUAUGGCCCAUACGCCAAGUUCAUCAAUGACUACGGCACCCAUUACAUAACAUCUGGAUCAAUGGGUGGCAGUUAUGAGUAUUUCCUGGUGCUUAACAAAGAAAAUAUGGAAAAAACGCAUGUUACCUAUGAAGAUAUCAAGAAGUGCUUUGGAGGGUCUUUGGGCUUAUCUUAUACCUAUUUGGAUAGCACAACAAUUGGAGGAGGUUUAUCAGGGGAAGAUUGUAAAAAAGUUGGAGGUGGCGAUGCUGAUACUGAAAAAGAUAACAAGGCUGUGGAAGACAUCAUUGUUCAGGUGCGAGGUGGCAAUUCUGGCUGGGGUACUGGCUUGGCACACAACAUCAGCUUCAUUUCGUACCGUUCCUGGGGGCGGUCGUUAAAGUAUAAUCCUGCUGUUAUUGAUUUUGAGAUGCAGCCUAUUCAUGAGCUGCUGCGGCAUGCGAACCUGGGAACCCUGGAGUCCAAACGCCAGAACCUGCAACGGGCCCUGGAUCAGUACCUGAUGGAAUUCAACGCCUGCCGCUGCGGACCCUGCUUCAACAAUGGGGUGCCCAUCCUCGAGGGCACCAGUUGCAAAUGCCAGUGUCCCCUGGGUCGCGAGGGCCCUGCCUGUGAGCAAAUGGAGCAACAAGGAGCCAAGGCGGAGGGUCGCUGGAGCUGCUGGAGCACCUGGUCUGCUUGCUCGGCAGGGACUCGGGAAAGGAGGAGAGAGUGCAAUAAUCCUCCCCCCAAGAAUGGAGGCCUCUCGUGUCCAGGGCGGAACGUGCAGACCCAAGCUUGCUGAGGGCCUCUGGGCACAGGGUGGGACACAUGCAACAGAUGUUACCACCUGCACUGACCACUGGAUAGUGACUUCUUGCAGCUGAGAAUAAAUACCAAUCAACAUGGACUUUUUCCUGCUGGCUCCCAGGCCUGGGACCAGGCUGGGCUAUCUACAAUCCGCAAAAUUCAGUCAUCCAACAACUAGGUGUUAAGUGUUAGCUAGUCUUGGUCCUGCUCACAGCACUUUGAUCAUCCAAAGAAAAGGAGAAAUCUCAACCCAAGGUUAGGGGUACAAAGCAGGCACAGGCUCUUGAACCAAUCAAGGCCAAUAAAAUAAAG